CGUAACUUUGAGUUAGCGAUUCUCAGCGCAGCCUAUAACGCACGAUUCUACAAAAGUCGGGAGCCUUCGAAGCUCGCGGACGUCAAGUCAAGUCAGCUCCGAUUUUUCCGAAUACUCUGGAUACACGCAAGACUCGAGGGAUAAAACCCUGUUAUCAAUUAAAACGAUUCGUGUAUUAGUACCAAUUUUUGUGGUGGUUUCUAUAACGCAUCAUCGUAGCAGCAGCAGCAGCAGCGCACGGGACUGUACUCAUUGUACACGGCAGAGCAGUAACACCUAGAGUUACAUACAGGAGCGCACGAUUUUUCCGCAGCGCGCACGUUUCGUGCCUCUCUCACUCUCUCCCCCCCGCAUCUAUACCCUGCGCAAAGUCUUCGACUCCGACUCCGGAGUACGCUUACGACUCAUUUCUCGCUACAACGUGUUACGAGGAGCAGCGUCAGAGCCAUCAGUUUUCAAGCAACCACGUCCGAGUCAACGACUACGAGACGACGUAUCAGUUUCGCAUCAACCCGUGAGUUCCGAGAACGUUGCUGCGAAAAAAUAAUCGAAAGAGGCUUUUUUGAAAAAACUAUUGGUCAUCAAUUUAAAGCGACACAACGGAGAAUCCAGAGAACAUGGUUAAGGAAACUACUUUCUACGACAUCCUCGGUGUCAAACCAGGAUGCUCCCAAGACGACCUGAAGAAGGCUUAUAGAAAGCUUGCUCUUAAAUAUCAUCCGGAUAAAAAUCCCAAUGAAGGCGAAAGGUUUAAACAAAUUUCACAAGCCUAUGAAGUCCUUUCGAAUCCAGAGAAGAAAAGGAUCUAUGACCAGGGUGGUGAGCAAGCUCUCAAAGAAGGAGGCAUGAACAGUGGUGGCUUCUCCUCACCCAUGGACAUUUUUGAAAUGUUCUUUGGUGGUGGUGGCAUGGGUGGUGGAUCUUGUCGUAGCCACAAGAGGAAAGGUGCAAAUGUGGUCCAUCAACUGUCAGUAUCUCUUGAAGAGCUUUAUCAAGGCACUGUCCGCAAGCUAGCUCUCCAGAAGAACGUCAUUUGUGACAAAUGCGACGGUAUUGGCGGUAAAAAGGACGCUGUUGAACAGUGUGGUACCUGCCAAGGUUCAGGUGUUCAAGUUUCCAUCCAACAACUUGGACCUGGUAUGCUGCAGCAAUUCAGAACCACUUGCGGCGAUUGCAAAGGUCAAGGAGAGCGCAUUAGACCUAAGGACAGAUGUAAACAAUGUAACGGCAAGAAAACUGUCAGGGAUCGCAAAAUCCUUGAAGUUUAUGUUGAUAAAGGUAUGGUUGAUGGACAGAAAAUUACCUUUUCCGAUGAAGGUGACCAAGAACCCGACAGAGAUCCCGGUGAUAUCGUCAUUGUGCUUGAUGAGAAACCACAUGAAUCUUACAAGCGUUCCGGUAGCGAUCUCAUUUUGCGUAUGAAUCUAACUUUGACUGAAGCUCUUUGUGGUUUCCAAAAAUGUGUUACAACUCUCGAUAAUAGAGUUCUCGUGAUAAAUUCGCCUCCUGGUGAUGUUAUCAAGCACGGCGAUGUGAAAGCUGUGCCCGAUGAGGGUAUGCCUGUUUGGAAGGAUCCAUUCAACAAAGGCCGUUUGAUCAUUCAGUUCAUCGUAGAUUUCCCCAACAGCAUUGACCCAGCCAUCAUCCCAGAUUUAGAAAAAUGUUUACCAGCUCGUGAACAAGACAUUGUUCCCGACGGUGCCGAGGAAGUCGCGCUUCUCGAAAUCGAUCCAGAACAAGAGUGCAGAAGGAAGGAGAGAGCACGUCAACAAGCUUAUGAAGAAGACGAAAGUGGUCCAUCUCGCGUACAGUGUGCUACGAAUUAACGUCGUUCUUUCGUAUCUCUUCCGAUAUUUUAUUACAAAAAUGUCGCGUGUAAACUGUCUGCUCUACUGUUGUUCAAAAAUACUGCUAUCGGGUGGAUGUAUUACUUACUUUCGAAGAAUAAGCUCGAGAUUGCCGCGUUGCUGCCGCUUUAUCUUUUACGAGUAAUUUCCUUAGCUUAAUUUUGAUUUUAUUUUUGGUAUCUAUUUAAGACAACUUUGGUAUAUUUUUCGUUGUGAAUAUCAAGUUAAAAAACAUUCUGCUACUAUAGACUUGCUUUCCAAAUAUCAUUGAGAGCUUAAACGACUAACACGACUGUCUCGAGCUUGGAAAAUCAUGAAUUUAUUAAAAUUUUUAUUACUUUGUCAAAAGAUUUUUAUUAAUAUCUCAAUUCACUAGUUACUACUAUAAAAGGUUUAAAAUUGCGAUAUUACUUUUUUUUCGUCUUUAGUUAUAGUUAAUAAUAAUUUAGUACAAUAGAUUAUAAAUUCUUAAACUUUGACGAAGUAUUAUCAUAUUUUAGGAUAUUCAUGAUCGAUCAGAGAAAUUUUUACGUGCAAAAUAAUGAAAGAUCAAAUCAUUUUCAUAUAUGAUGCAAAUCGAAUAAUAAUAAAGUAAAAUCUCACAAGAAUUAUCUUCAUCAAAAACUGCCUCACAUUUAAUCAAUUUUGCUCAAUUGACCAUCAUACCAGUAAUAUUUAUUUAAUUUAUUUAUUUUUUGCUCUAUUUUUUUUUUAUUAUAUUUAUUGGACGAAAACCGAGCAAUGUCUUUGUUGGAUUUGAAGUGCUUCAAAGCUCGUUAAUUGAGUAGUUCUCUAAUAUUGUUAGAAACUAACUUCCUAAUGUGGAGUUCAAUAAUUAAUUUUGGAGCAAAUACAUCAGAUCCAUGUCUUUGAAAUAUACUAGAUUGAAAAUUUAGUUAAAUUCACAAAAAUGUAUCGGAUGGGAAAGAAUCAACAUAGUUUUAGUGUUAACUAGAUUAUGAUACAUUUUAAAUGAGCGAAAUUUGGACAUUGAUUGCAGUACAACUACAACUACUGAAAUGACCUUCCUGGACAAUUAUUGUUUACUUUUAUAGUUAAAAUUCGAACAGUUUCUUUGUUGAAAUGGUUUCGAUUGUUAGUUCAUUUUAGAAAUAUUCAUUUUUUCACUUUAAAAUUAAAAAAUCAAUGCAUUAAGAAUAAUUAUUGUACCUAUAGAAAAAAUUCAUUAGUAAAAUAAUACCGAUAAUUAUUCACUGAUAAUAUUAAUAUUUUAUCUAUUCUGAAUGGCAAUAAAAUAUUCUGGUUAGUAUUUUAA